CUCGCGAGGUUUCAGGAGACUAUAUCUAGGCACGAGAAGCCCGCGUCCUUUCCCUGGCGUGAAUCCGUCCUGUGCGUCUGUUCUUUGGAGCAGUGUUCAUUCACUUCCGUCCGCGUUCUCUCUCACCUAAGUGCGUGCCACCACUCCAUGGAAGAUUCGAUGGAUAUGGACAUGAGCCCCCUGAGGCCUCAGAACUAUCUUUUCGGUUGCGAAUUAAAGGCCGACAAAGAUUACCACUUUAAAGUGGAUAAUGACGAAAAUGAGCACCAGUUGUCCUUAAGAACGGUCAGUUUAGGGGCUGGUGCAAAAGAUGAAUUGCACAUUGUUGAAGCAGAGGCUAUGAAUUACGAAGGCAGUCCAAUUAAAGUAACACUGGCUACUUUGAAAAUGUCUGUACAGCCAACGGUUUCCCUUGGGGGCUUUGAAAUCACACCACCUGUUGUCUUACGGUUGAAGUGUGGUUCAGGGCCUGUGCAUAUUAGUGGACAGCACUUAGUAGCUGUGGAGGAAGAUGCGGAGUCAGAUGAGGAGGAGGAAGAGGAUGUAAAACUCUUAAGUAUGUCUGGAAAGCGCUCUGCCCCUGGAAGUGGUAGCAAGGUUCCACAGAAAAAAGUAAAACUAGCUGCUGAUGAAGAUGAUGAGGAUGAUGAUGAAGAUGAUGAGGAUGAUGAAGAUGAUGAUGAUGAUGAUUUUGAUGAUGAGGAAACCGAAGAGAAAGCUCCCGUGAAGAAAUCAAUACGAGAUACUCCAGCAAAAAAUGCACAAAAAUCAAAUCAGAAUGGAAAAGACUCAAAACCAUCAACACCAAGAUCAAAAGGCCAGGAAUCCUUCAAAAAACAGGAAAAGACUCCUAAAACACCCAAAGGACCUACUUCCGUAGAAGACAUUAAAGCAAAAAUGCAAGCAAGUAUGGAAAAAGGUGGUUCUCUUCCCAAAGUGGAAGCCAAAUUCAUCAAUUAUGUGAAGAAUUGCUUCCGAAUGACUGACCAGGAGGCUAUUCAAGAUCUCUGGCAGUGGAGGAAGUCUCUUUAAGAAAACAGUUUAAACAGUUUGUUAAAAUUUUCCGUCUCAUUUCAUUUCUGUAACAGUUGUUAUCUGGCUAUCCUUUUUAUAAUGCAAAGUGAGAACUUUCCCUACCGUGUUUGAUAAAUGUUGUCCAGGUUCCAUUGCCAAGAAUGUGUUGUCUGAAAUGCCUGUUUAGUUUUUAAAGAUGGAACUCCACCCUUUACUUGGUUUUAAGUAUGUAUGGAAUGUUACCAUAAGGCAUUGUAGUGUAGUGGUGGUCAGACAUGGAGAUGGUGGGGAGACAAAAAUAUACAUGUGAAAUAAACUCAGUAUUUUAAUAAAGUAA